AUGGGCCAUCGUCUCUGGAGGCUCCUCUCUCGGGGCCACAACGCACCAUCGCCGCUCUUCAUCGAACAACAUCAUCCCUCCUUCGUAGAAACGGCCCAACCAUCAAUCACUCACACAGUGGUGCAAAGCAUGAAUCUUCGCGCUCGAGAAAAAGCGUUGAUCUAUACUAGAGACUGGAAGGGAAAGCAAGCUGUUCUCGAACGGCGAUUCGUCGGGGUCAGAGCGACUGUUGAAGUGCCUAACCGAAACCCAGGACGCAGGUCAGCGGACUGA